UCGGCUGAGCAACAAUAUAGUGAGCUGACUAACAAUUCUACUUGCGAGCGGCUAGACAAGAUGUUGCAACCCAAGAAUGGUACAUUCGUCUUGCUUGUUCUUAUGACAGCCUUUUUGAACAUAUUGCACCAAGUGGAAGCCAAGACUAAGACCCAGUCUCUGCGCUCGAUUCUGAGCCACUUUACCGACACAAGAAAUGUUCGCGACGACCCUGACGCCAAACAGAGAGCACGUGACUACAUCGUGAACAUUUUCAAGGAUCACGGACUGCACACGUGGACUGAAGAAUUCCCUAGCAACCAAGAGAAGUAUCCAGGAGUAAAUAUCAUUGGUCGACUGCCUGGUCUCUACACCGGAACACGUGACGAUAAAAUGGUUCUGAUUGGUUCCCACUAUGACACGGUCCGGACCUCUCCCGGUGUGGAUGACAACGGUUCCGGAAUGACCGCUUUACUACAAGUUCUAAAGCUCAUUACCAGUCCGGACAAACAAAGCUGUUCACGUGACCAUACUCUACUGUUUGUGGCCUUUGACCUGCAAGAGACCCAACCUAGAUACUCUGGGAACUGCUUGUGCUCAGGUGCAUUAUGUGGCAGCGGUUAUUUUGUCCAAAACUUGACUGAGAUUCUCAGCAAAACUGGCGCAGGUUUCCAAGGAGCGAUCAUUUUAGAAACGGUGCUCAAUUAUAACGACACUCCCUAUUCUCAAAGGCUCCCCGCGGGUUUCAAGGUCGGGUUUCCAAAACAGCACCAACAACUGUCACAAAAUCAAUUCAGAGGAGACUUCUUAGUUGUGACUGGUCGAGCACAGGAUGAUGCACAGCUCGUCAGCGGGAUUACCAAUGCUUUCAAAAAGAACGAAACCUUCAAGUCGCUCACUUUCACGCUAAAAUAUGGAGGGAGACCAAAUGCCCGGAACCAAGGCUACAAGGAAGCUGUUUACCAUUUCUGUCGCACAGAUCAUUUUCGUUUCUGGAAUGCCGAGCCCUCGUUACCAGCUGUCUUUCUUACCGAUACCGCGGGUUUCCGGGGAUAUAUGCAACAGUGUCACCAUAAGCAUUGUGACGACAUCAGUCAUGUGACCUCAGCGAUGAUGACGUUUUUGAGGCAAACAGCUGACAGCUUGGUGGAAGUGGCCACAGACAUGACAAAUGAGAAAUGUGAUAUGAAGAAAACCGAUUGCGGAAUUCAGCAGCUAACAACUGCAGAAGGAGAAAUUACGACACCGCACUACAACACAGAGUACCCUAACAAACUGGUUUGCGAGUGGAUUAUUUCAGUAAACGCAGAACAGAAAGAUCUCAGGCUCAAGUUCAUGGCGUUUGAAUUGGAAGAGAGUGUUGACUGUGCUGCAGACUAUGUUGUUAUACGGGAUGGGAAAGACAAAUCAGCGCCGUUGAUUGGAAAGUAUUGUGGGAAGACUUUACCAGUGCCCGUAAAUGCCUCAGCCCAGUCCCUGUAUAUCAUGUUUCACACGGACGAGCUGGACGCCUUCAAAGGUUUCAAAGCAGAGUGGAGUUCAAUUUAUAUUGGUACCAAGAGGUCAACAGGACCACCUACCAUCAAAGCAGAGUGGAGUCCAACUUAUAAUGGCACCAAGAGGUCAACAGGACCACCUACCAUCAAAGCAGAGUGGAGUCCAACUUAUAAUGGCACCAAGAGGUCAACCGAACUACCCACCAUUAAAGCAGAGUGGAGUCCAACUUAUAAUGGCACCAAGAGGUCAACCGAACUGCCUACCAUCAAAGCAGAGUGGAGUCCAACUUAUAAUGGCACAAAGACGUCACCAGGACCUACACAAGGACCACCUACCAUCAAGAGUGCUGCACAUGAUCACCAUCCAGUAAUAUGGCAGCUGAUUGGAUUUCUUGUACUGACAUCAUUGGCGUUCGGCCUGUAAGCCUUGGAAGCCACGUUUUGCUUUUUUGUGUAUCAUAUUAGUUCAACAAGAUGAAAGCGGAGACAGAUGUGAGAUUUUAACCUCAGCGAGGAACGUUAACAAAAGGAAAUAAGUUAUUAACACUAUAUAAUCCUGGACCUCAAGACAUAGCUAUUUUCGUGUUCAGUGUAAAGCCUGGCAAUUGCUUAAUUUUUUGUUUAUCGGUAAAGUAAUCAGUACAAUCUAAGGAACUCUGAAUUUGUUGUACCCCCUCUAGCACAGUAAGGUAUGAAAAGUAUCCUUAUCGAUGUGUCCCUGCACAUCAAUAUAAGAAAUGCUCGAGUAAGCACAAGAAAGCAGUGAAGUUUAUUUUUAAGUAGAGCUGAUUGUAUUUUAUCUUAGUUGUAAUCAAGGAUUACAGUUUAGUUUAGUAGUGUUCAUUUAUUUUAUACAAGAUGGAUGUCUUUCUGGUAGCUAAGGAAACAGCGAGAACUUUCUAAGUCUUUAGACUCUUAGCCUGAGGGCUUGCCCUUUCCUUUCACUCUGACUGCACUUUAUUGUUAACAGUACGGAAUUGUCUAGUGGUGAAAUAAAAGAUACAAAUACCAAGUCUGUGGGGGAGAUUAAUGUUUGCUGGACUGGAAAAAAUAGUUAAAUAUCAAAUAUGAGAUAAGUUACUGAAAUUAAAGUGCAUUACUAGAAUAGAGAAAAAUGGUAUCUAGUCUAUGUUUGAGAUGCUAUAAGGCCAUAAUGGUGCAGUAGGGACAUUGGGGAUUGUUUAGCGGUAAAUACCGCGUAUUUCCUUAACAAGUGGUCCACAAAGAGUCUUCGAACUGAACGUGCCGGCAAAAUAUGCCACCAUUUAAGAACUGUAGUAACCCACUGACUUCCAUAAUGGAAUAUUUGAGUACAACUGAUUCGUGAUUUAGUAUACUUAAGCGCGUCAGUUUCUUAUCGAGCUAGAAAAAUAUCAACUCUUAAAGCUAAAUAUUGAAACGAGUUGAGAAUAUCAACUUCUGGCAUGAUUCCUUUUCUACACAAAUUCGUAUGCCAAUUAGUCGAAAUAUAAGCGAUGUCGUAAGCAAAGGUCAUUAUCUGAGAAACAGUGGUGGUGGCACGAACUGUCGCACGAAUGUGCUGACAGUUUGCGUUAUGCACGAAUGCUUCAUGAACAGCAUGAUUUAUGCCAAUUUUCAAUAACGGGUCAACAACAAUACAGCGAGCUGAGUAGCAAAUCUACUUGUAUGCCAGAAGACAUUUCAUCAUCAACAUGGUCACAAAGAUGGAGAAUGGUUCCUUGAUGUUCUUGUUGCUUUUUCUUCUCACAGGUGCGUGGGGUUAAACUUAGCAAGGCUGUGUACUGCUUACAUUGAUCUUCAAUGGCGCGUGCAAAUGAAACGAAACGGAGCCAAAACAACUAAGUUUCCGUUCAGCUUUCAUUCUUUAUAAACUAACAGUCCAACUGCAAGGUGACAAAUCUUAAGAAGUAACUAAUUGUGAAGACCUAAUAAUCAGAUCUAGAACAGAUCAAGACUAAGUGAUCCAUGUUUCCAUCUGGACGCCAAGCUGAUGACAGACACACUGAAGAUUGCGUAUCGUUCAUGAAAACGAGUUUAUGUUGCCGUUAAAGUAGUAUUUUCUCUUUGGGCGAGUGGAAGUCUGUCAACUAAAAGGGUUGUGAAAAUAAAUAAGCUCUUUCGGUGUAUCACUACUUUGGGAGCUUCUUCGGUUCUAGACUUUAUUACUUCCCUCCCGCAGGGAAAGAAGGCAAUAAAGCAUUACUAAGAGGAGUGAAGUACCUCAACUCGA